UUCGCACUGCUCACCGGCAAGUCCAAGGAGUGACUCCCGAACGCACCUAACACUCAGUGACCACUGGAAGCCUGCAGCUGGUGAAUCGGAGGUGGAUCGGUCUUUUUCAUUUCCCCUGACCUGUGAAAACCUGUCCCUUUGCUCACAUACCUCAUACACCCCACAGGAACUCAAGAUGGCUCCGACUGCAGGCUUACUAGGCCUGACUCUCUUGUUCGGUGCUGUCGUUGGCCUUGGAUGGGAAGACAAAGCUGGACCUCUGGAGGACAAGAUACUUGAUGUGCCAGAAGGAACCAUGGAACCAUAUCCCAUACAUCAGUUCAAAUCGCCCAAGCCCGAGGUGACAUCAUACAGGAUGUCAGGUGACCCUGAUGGCAAGUUCUUGGUGUCCAGUGAGGGCUGGCUUUACCUUGAGAGGGCGCUGUCCUGGGCAGAAAGGAGCCGCUACAGCUUACAGAUCGAAGCCCUGGCUGACUCAGAAACGGUGGAUGGGCCAUACUCUGUGACCAUAAACGUGAUCGACAUCAACAACCACCGACCGGCAUUUAACCAGACAGAGUACAAUGGGAUGGUGAGGGAGCACAGAGCAGCUGGGUUGGCUUUCAUGAAGGUCUUUGCUACCGACCUGGAUGAUCCCGAGACCCCCAACGCCAAGCUGAGCUACAGCAUCCUGAGUCAGAUCCCAGACGUCACCAAAAUACCACUUUUCCAGAUUGAUAGUGUCACCGGGGAAAUUGCCACCACCCCAGAAGGAGAGGCGACUCUGAAAGCCAGAGAAGGUGUCACGCCCAUAGGUACAGAAGACUGGAAAAGCGAGGACAUCUUGAAGAGGAAAUUUGAAGAGUAUUGCUCCCCAGUGAAAGACAUUCCCUAUGAGUUCAACCCCUUUUACACCUGCGUCGAGAGAUCAGAGUCCAAACGGAUGAAUCCAUCGGACAGCCCAGACUACACUCUGAUCAUCAAGGUGGAGGACUUAGAGGGCACGUCUGAGAACGCGCUCAGUGACCACGCAUGGGUCAGCAUUGUGGUGCAGCAAAAUCUCUGGUUCGCCCCAAAAUCUAUCACGAUAGAUGAGAACCACGAGGGACCCUACCCCAUGAAGAUCGCUGAGGUCCAGUCAAAUGAGAUUGGAGCACAUUACUUUCUUAGCCAAAAGGAACGAUACCCCAGAUUUCCCUUUGAAAUAAACGAAGAAGGUCACAUAUUUGUCACAUCAGCUUUGGACAGAGAGGAGAAAGACAUGUAUAUUCUGGUGGUAUUUGCCAGAGAUGAUUUAGACACUGACUUAGAGGAACCCUUGGAGAUCCAAGUUGUUGUGGAAGACCUUAAUGACAACAAGCCUGUUUGUGAGCAUCUGGUGAGCCAAUUUGAGGUGCAAGAAAAUGAAGACAUUGGUAGCUUGAUCGGAGUUCUGCAGGUCUAUGACCUUGACAAGGAUAAAUCACCCAACAGCCUUCUCAGAUAUGAAAUAGUGGACCAGGAACCCAAGACACCCUCAGCGAAAAUGUUCCUAAUCGACAGUUUUACGGGCAAGAUUCAACUGGGCAACUCCAACCUCCAGAGGAAAGAAGUUCCAGAAUAUCAGCUCACUAUCAAGGUUUCUGAUAAAGCUGGGGAUUCUACAGGGUACAGUACACAGUGCAGUGCUGUCAUCAGGGUCAUCGAUAUCAACAACGAAAUUCCAGCGUUUGAAAAGAAUAAUUACGGGGAAAUUACCACAGCUGAAGACACAGAAUUGGGCACCAUCUUGCUCAGUGUCUUAGCCACAGAUGCGGAUGACCCUGGGACUGGCAGCUCCAAGGUGGUAUACCACAUCCAAAGUGGGGACCCUGAGGAGGUCUUCGCCAUUUACAACAAUGAAACCAACGGGCAGCACAUUGGCAGGCUCUACAUUGCCAGGCCUCUUGAUUUUGAGACCACAUCAGUCUACACACUCGUCAUUGAUGCUAGGAACCCCGAACCUCUGGUGAAGGGAGUCGAGUAUGACAACCGAUCGACGGCAGUUGUCCGUAUCCAAAUCACCAACGUUAACGAGCCCCCAGAGUUCACUGAUGAUAUUUAUGAAGUAAACGUCAAAGAAAAUAUCACUGUUGGAACAACUAUCAUUGAAAUGAACGCCGAAGACCCAGAAGGCAAAGAUAUCAGAUUCAAAUUGGAAGGAGAUGAGAGGAACUGGCUUGUCAUCAACCCGAAUACUGGGGAAAUCAAGACGAAGGCUAGUCUGGACCGGGAGGAAGUAUCAGAAUACAAAGUACGCGUGUUUGCUUAUGAAAAAGACUCACCCAACCUACAGACAUGGAGGGAUGUUAAUAUCCGGCUGGAAGAUGUCAACGACAACAUUCCGAAGCUGACGGUGACGCAGGGCUUUGUGUGUGCGAAUCACCCCCAGCCUAUCAUCCUGAUCGCUGAAGAUAAGGAUGGUCCACCCUUUGGACAACCUUUGACCUUUGCCAUGUCUAAAAAGGCUCCUAACUGGGAGAUUAGGCAGACUGACGGAACAUCUGCUAAACUUGUGUUGAAGACUGCACCCAAAGAGGACGUGACAUUUAACAUCCCGAUCAGCAUCAAAGACAACGCAGGCCUGGGAGUGCCUCAGUUGUUUGAGGUCCGCGUGUGUAACUGCACGCAGCUGGGCCACUGCUACAUAGCACCUGCACCCCAAGAAUGGAGGCUGGGAUUGUCCAAAACCAUAGGAAUCCUGGCCGGGACGCUGGGCGGCGUGGCCCUGCUACUCUUGAUCGCUUUCUACCGAAUCAGAAAGAGCAACGAGAAGAAGAAGAAGGCAGUGGUCCAGGGCGAGGGGGAAACCAUGCUGCAAUAAAUGCGAGCAAGGGGUCCAGCGCCAGGGAGACGUGCUGGAAGCGAGACGGCGGGUUUCCCUCGGCAGGCGGAGCGAGACCCGCAUGGUUAACUGUAACACUGCUCUGUCGAUUUUAUUGCAUGUAUCUACACGGGGUGAAUUAUUAGACACAUAUUCUGAAUUCAAGUGCAUGUUUUUAUCGUGCGCAACUUGCUCAGGGACAUGCUCAUCAUCUCAAAAGUGGCGGUGGGGGGGGGGGGGAGGGAGUAGAGGGGCAUUUGAAAUGGUAUAAAUGCUGAAUACUUUAGCACAAACGCUUUUAUUAAUAUUAUAAAUAUGUAUAAUAAAUCAAUUUUAAUUUAAAUUAGACUUUCUAAUAGUGCUGCACCAGUGACUGGAAAAGUAGUGCCCCACCCCAGCCUGACUGCACCCUGUCACAUCAGUAACAGAAAUAUGCACUGACCUCUCUAUCUGUCAAACUGUUUUGUUUCAUAUUUGGUUUGCUUGUGAAAUAACCGCGGUCAGUUAGCAUGUAAGUCCAGUCAGUAAUGCAGGUAGCAGUUUGGAUGUUGGAGGUAUUUAUUUUAUGUUUUUACCUCCCAAUUUAAAUAAAUUCGGGAAUUCACAAAGUACAGUACUUUCAAAAGUCUUAGCUGUGUUCUAACCACUGUCACUGUCUUCAGUUAUUGUGCUGACACUGAACAAUGGCUGGUCGCUUCAUGCCGUCUAACGACCCCAUAGAAAUAAAUGUGAGACAUUGUUUAUGUAAAUUAUAGCUUGCUUUUGGAAUGUUCCGUCGUUUAGAAGUUACCAUCUGAGCAGUAAUUGCUUUCCCCUUGAGCACAUUCGACAUUUAGCAUGUUUCUCAGAAUUUUUUGGUUACGGUGGGGGUGCCAUUGGUGGGGAGGGACCCAGACUGUACCUAUUUCUUCCAAAUGCAUCACAAUGGUUCAACAUAUAAAGUCUGCAAUCAUGUUAAUAAGGUUAGUAUAUUUGCAUACUUGUGCACAUGCAUUAUUACUGGAAGAAACCGUGUUUGUUUUUAACACAAGUGUUAUUAAAUAAAGUGAGCUGCUUCGGUGACAAA